AUCAGUCGUACAGUUAGAGUGUUUAUUAGACGAAUAAAGUCCGGGCGAUAUAUAAUAGUUCAGAUUUUUUGUGAAAACUUAUUUCAGUUCCCAAUCAUGUUUGGCACAAUUUAUAUGUUACAAGGGUCUUGCAAGUGCUCUUUCGUAGUAUUCGCUACCUUAGUGAGUACUCUCAUAACUCCGUUGACUAUACAAGUUCCGUAUUUGGGAAGUAAAAAUUGGAUUGGAAAUUAGUCAGAAAAAUUCAGUUGGAAAAGAUUUAUCAAAGUGAUAUUUGGGAUCAAGAGUUCAAACGUAAACCCCUU